AUGGAGGUGACUAUGAUGAACCGCGUUACCGUGGCCCUAGCAAUCGUUUUGGAUACGGUUCUCAACGUAUGGGUGGUUCGCAUUAUAACAAUCGUGGUGGCUACAAUGAUAGAGGCCGAAAUGGAGGUAAUUAUCGUCAUCAAAGUAAUUUGCGUUUUUCAUUGUUCCCUCUUAGACACUAUGUCGGAAGCGGACAGCAGCGCUGAUUGGAGAGUAAAGAAACCGGCCAAUCCUGUGAACUCUGCCUCCGAAGAAGUGAAUAGAGAAAACAGCCCCCAGAAUAUGGGCUAUAGACAUGGCGGUUCAAAUUACGGUCAUGGAUCUGGUAGUAAGUAUCGUUAUCGUCCACAUGCGUAUGACGAUGAUAUGGGAUUUAACCGGGACCGUGACCACUACAGAGACGAUGAGUCCCCACGCGAUUAUUACUCCAGACCGGGCGGUCGUUCAAAGUAUAUUCCUCGUGCUCGCAAGCAGGACAGUCCAUCCAAACCUGAUUCAGACAAAGAAAGCCGCGAUCCCGUAAAUCUGAAUCCUCCUGACUAUCGUCCUGGCCAGAACCAGUUCUCGAUUCUGAAUUUCGACUCUUCUGACGAGAACGACUCCAAUUUGACUCUGGAGCAGCUGAAAGAGCGCGCUGCCAAGAAGAACCAGGAGCGCAUCGAGCAGACGCAGAAGGAUCUCCAGGCGCGCGACCACGCGCUGCAGGAGCGACGCACCAAAGCGCCCGAACCGAGCGGCAGCAGCAGCGGCAAUCAGUCCGCAGAGCGCGCGCCGAAAGCGACCUUCACGGUGGCGUGGAGCGUGGAUUUGCCGGCGAGCUACAGCGACGUUCCGGCCGCGACGCUCCCCGAGAACCGCGUGGCGCAGCUGGCGGAGGCGCUGAACCAGCAGCUGAGCGCGCCGAAGAGCAAGGACCUGGAGAACAUGCUGGAGAAGGCGAAGAAGCAGGACGUGUUCCCGCUGGUGGUGCAGAUCUUGAAGCUGGUGCUGAAGCGGAAGGAAGUGAGCAGCAAGAUGGCCAUGACGCUGGGUCUGUUCUUCAAGCAGAUCGGCGAUUUGGUGUCCAGCGAGAUGAUCGAGCAGGCCUUGCAGCGAUGCUAUCUGGACGCCGAUUCGCUGGAGAGCUCCAAGAUGGAGGCCGUCGCCGCGAACUUCGAUGAGAUCGUGAAGGCUCUGGACAUGCACCAGCUGAUCAAGCACGUGCCUUCGCGCGAAUCCGCCGACGCCAAGGUCGAGAAACCGGAGAAACCGGAGAAACUGGAGAAGUCGGAGAAGCCGGAGGUGAAGGAAGCGGCGAAGGAGGAAGCGGCGAAGCCGAUAAAGGACGAGGCGAAGUUCCUGGAGAUUCUGCAGACGCAAGCGAUGGGCGAGGAGCUGAGCGAGAUGGUGGAUCAGGCGGGUCUGGAGAAGGACACGCGACUGAUGGGAGUGCUGCUGAAGUUCAUCCUGGGCGAGAACGAUCCGAUGCAGCUGGUGCUGGUGGAGAAGCGCGAGGACGGGAAGAUGGAGGUCAAUUUCUACCACUUCCUGCCGUUCGUGGCGGACAACUACGGCUUGCUGAUUCGCAAUUUCUGGGACGGACUGCAGAUGGAUCAGCACGUGGAGCUGCUGAACGAGAUGGUGCGAUUCUGGGAUUCGGUGGGCCAGCCGCGCGGAUUGCUGGAGGCGCUGUUCUACUCUGCGUUUGAGAACGAUCUCGUGUAUCCGGAUGCUCUGGAGGAGUGGAAGGAUCAGGAGUCGAGUGCUCUGAAGAAGCAGGCGGAUAUCCGGCUGAGCGAUACAGUUUUCCAGAUCCAGGAGUUCCUGAAUAGCUUGGAGUACGAAUGGCGUGUUUGUUUCUAA